CAUGCAGAGGAGCCUUGAGUGUGCUAGGGGGAGGCUGAUAAAUGUUGCCUCAGGAGAUGACCUAAUUGAUCAAUUAUCUCAGUUCAUUCAGGAGAUUCAUACCUCUGGCUGGCAUGCACAACAAGCCAGUUCCGGUUUCCUAGCUCCUCGAACUUGGAGAGGAGCUGGAGGUGCACCUUGUUAUGCCAUCACUCAAGAGCAACUGAGUUUUCUGAUGUCCUGUGCUUUCAUUGUGCCUCAGAUGGCAGAUAUUCUACAUGUGUCCUGAUUGACAGUCAAACAUUGUCUAAGACACUUCAAUCUGUCACAUGCACCGUUAUAUUCUGACAUGUCAGACUUGGCUCUGGAGGAAAGGAUUAAGGGCUUGGCCCCACCUCCACCAGUACAACUUCCUGUGUCCCCCCUCCAACUAUACGUCUUCCUGUGGCCUCCCCUCCACCAUUCUCUGAGGCUUAUUGUCCAUAUUCACCACAAUAUGUGACCUCCCCUCCACUCUCGUCUGUUGAUGUUGGUGAUGAUGACAAUGAGGAUGCUGACGGAGUUGGCGAAGGGGCAGCUGAUGAGGGUGGUACCUCAAGAUAAUUUCUCUGGCUGCUAAUGAGUGCCAUCCAUUCCUCUGCACAAUUUGAGGAACCUGAUUGGCAAAAAUGCCUUUCUUGCAACUCUCAAGUUGAGUUACACUUUUAUACCAACAAAGCCACGUUUGUUUAUGGCAAUAUGUAUAUGACUUAAGUAAGACGUGAUUUUUGCAUGUUAUGUAAUGUGUUCUUAUUUACUGUUUGUCUUCUGCGUGACAGCGCUCUAUGAUGGCGUAUACAAUUUUUUCCAGAUAGGCUAUACAUGCAAGUGUGUGGCCUACAACCUUCUGUGCCAGAACUGAAAGAAAUUGCGGAAUAUGACUUCAGAGAGAAGUUGGAGAAAUGCGAUUCUUUCGUACAUUGGAGGAGAGGGUUGCCCUGGUGGAGUCAGCCACAAAGUUCUACUUAGAAAGUAGGCUAUGGGAUACUCUUGAGCAAUUCAAAGAGGGUCUGGAGUGUCUAAGUCUCCUGUCUUACAUGAAUAGACACUCAAGCCUCUUCAGAGAGGUUUUCAUCUACGCUGAGAAGCCUCUUUUGGCCAAAGACAUAGCUUCUCUCUUCAAAGCACAGCGCUCCCCACCUGGUACCAAUCAAAGAGCAAUAGAGAUCAGAGUCGUAUGUUUCUGGAGGGACUGGCUGCUGGAGGUGGAAGAUGGGAACGCAUACCCUUUAACCCUGGAGAAGGUUCUCAUUUUCACUUCGGGGGCUUCAGCCAUUCCACGGCUGGGAUACCCAGUGGAGCCACAGCUACAGUUCUUACAUAAACAAGAGAAUGAGGCUGCCAGGAUCUACACGGAAGCAAAUACAUGCAGCAUUGCUUUAAGGCUGCUAAUACACCCAAAUUACGCAGACAUGAGGCAGAAAAUGGAGAGUGGAAUUGUACAAUCAUCAAAAUGUGUCAUUGUUAAAGACUCCAGCCACCCUAGUCAUAGACUUCUCUCUGCUGCCGCAUGGCAAGCGGUACUGGAGCGCUAUCGAGGUCCAAGAGGCUUUUAAACAGCGUCUACCCCCAAGCCAUAAGACUACUGAACAUCUAAUCAAAUUGUUACCCAGACCAUUUGCAUCCCCCCCCGCCCCAUUUUAUGCUGCUGUUACUUUCUGUUAUUAUCUAUGCAUAGUCACUUUAAUAUCUCUACCUAUAUGUAUAUAUUACCUUAAUUACCUCGAAUAACCUGUGCCACCGCACAUGGACUCUGUUCCGGUACCCCCUGUAUAUAGCCUUGCUAUUAUUAUUUUACUACUGCUCUUUAAUUCUUUGAUACUUUUAUUUCUUAUUUUUUAGGCAUUUUUCUUAACUGCAUUGUUGUUUUUAGCGCUUGUAAGUAAGCAUUUCACUGUUGUAUUCGGAGCAUGUGACAAAUAAAAUUUGAUUGGAUUUAAAGGGAAUUAAUUUCAAGGGGAAUUAUCCAAAAUGUUUAUUGCAUGACUACUGAAAUACUGCAGCUUAUGUUUGGAUCGGCCAUCAGCAAAAAAAUGUUUUCAAAAACAUUACAACCAACCAGUAUCAAUUGGACACAGUAAUAAAUAAUGCAACUGUAAUAUUUUAAUAAAUGUAUGACUUCUUAGUAGAGUGGGUAAACUGAGCAUUAUGCAAAGUACUUAAGUCAUGUACUGUAUGUCAAGGGAAUAUAAUGUUACAAUAUGUGCAAUGUUUCCAUAAAUAAAUCUUACAGUAAAUAUGGA